CCCCCCCCCCAGUUACCGAUUGCGCACCUAUCUUUCGAAGGUCUCCAGAGCUCAGAAGAUUGGGAUAUGGAAGGAGGACAGGCCACUCCAUUGCUGGGCCACAUGGCAGAAUUCCACAAGCAGUCGUCUUUUUCUGAAACGCUACCAAAGCUCUUGGUUUUCCUUUCCUCGCUUGUCACCAGCCUUCCCUCACCCAGCAUUAGCAGUACAUCAGUGAUGGCCACUUGUGGAAUUCUGCCACGUGGCCCAGCAACGGACUGCCCUGUCCCCCUUCUGUAUCCCAACCUUCUGAGCUCUGGAAAGGUAAGUGAGCAAUUGGUGAUGGGUGGUGGGUGGACAGGGAUAGAGUGGCUAAGCAGACCCAGUGCCUGGGGGACUCGACAAGGCAGGAUGAAGAAGAAAUAGAAAGGAGAGGGACAUGUUGCAGCAUUUCUGCAGAUGGUCACAAGAAUGAAUGACCGCAGAAGUGCUACGACAGACCUAACUUUGGGGCUGGGUCAUAAGUACCUUUGGGGGGGGGGAGUGUUGGCGUAAUUUUGUUACAUUGCUAAAUGACCUGUCGUAACUUGAGGACUAUCUGUACUUAGAAAGUAACUCUUCCACAUUUUCAUGUCUCCUUAAGAAGCUCAACUGUAUCAGUGGGGCACAUCUUCUCCUGUUUUAUAUGAUGAAAAUCCUUGUGAUUUUGCAAUGCACUUACCCACGCUUAAGUGUAGCUGCAUAUUUUCUAAUGGGUGCCAAAUGCUACUUAACAUACUUCACAUUCUGGAUCCGAAAAGAAAGACUUAAAACAGAGCCACAAAACAAAUCAAGUCCAUCUUACCCAACUAUAACCAGAUAUAGAUUAGAAAUCUCCCUAUAUGAUCAAGAAAUCUGUGGAGGGAAUGAGGCUCUAAGUAGAAGAAGCCAUAAAAGUAUGCACUGAUUUAAUAAUGCUGAUAUAUCAGAAGACCAUGGGCUCAGAAGAACAAAAGGGGCCUUUAAAUUUAAAGGUCCUUUAAAUUCUGUUCCAAAAACAGAAACAAGGGGAAUUUCAAACAAAACCCGGAGUCCUGUUAGGAUAUACAAUAAGAAAGAAUCUUUUACAAGAAGACUCUCUCUGUCUGGAGGAGACCAGAUUCACUUGUAUUCAUCAAUCUAUGAAGUCUUAAAAUAAAGCAAAGGCCGUGCUGGUCACUAGUCUUAAAAUAAAGCAAAGGCCGUGCUGGUCACUGCAUGAUUUACGUUCCCAAGGAACAAAAAACUGAGCCUCUUUACCAUCCUCUGAGCUCAGUCUGUGAAGCCACUUGCAACCUCAAGAUAAUUUCACUAGAAAGGUUGCAUCAUUACAAAAUGGACUGCAUGCCUUUCCUUUUAAGGGGAUGCUAUCCUGCACUUAUUUUUUUUUUUAAUUGCUGGAAAAUAUGUGAAGGCGCUUCCCCUGGAACAAACUCCUUAUAUCAAGGCAUAUUGUACACUGAUGUAAGGAUCAGGAAACGCCCCUGCAUGCUCUGCAUUUCAUACUGACUCAAUACGUUCCCUGGGCUUACGUCAUAACUCAACUGUUCUGGUUCCGAUAUCUUUAUAUACUACUUAUGGCUUGGGGGAAAAUAUGUUCUCUUACUAGGUGAAACCCAGAAAACCCAAAAACUCUAUUUUCAAAAACAAGGCUACCUUAUCAGAAACUGCCAAGGUGGUGAUGAUGUAUGACAACCAGAGGCCUCCAUGACUCAGGGAGGUGAUGAACUGACAGGCAGAUGGAGUCCAUUAACCCCACUUCUCAAUAUAAGUUUUCCUGUAAAACUAACAGAAGGAGAAAGGGACUGCAAGCAACCAUAAGGCACAGACUUUAAAGAAUAGCCUGGAAGGAAAACCUAAAAGGAAAAAACAAAAACAAAACCAUGCACAGAACUUUACUUAAAGUGCCUUUCUAAUAGUAUUUGAGGAGGAGGCGCAUUAACCCAAUUUGACUAUUAUCACAUAUUUUGUGGCAAUCUGACUACUUUGACCAGAUAGCAAUUUUUGCAGAGCAUUAAGUUAGAGUACUGUUUCCUGCUAUUUAUCUGUUUUAUCUAUCUGGAUUGUGCAUUCAGAAGAAGAUGUUUACGACCCUCGUUCGGAAAGCAACUUUGGCGUAUCGCCCACUACCUACACAUCAGCCAGGGGAACCUGGGGUAAAAUAUGCAGGCAAGAUGGUUCAUGAAACUCAACUCAGCUGCUUCUAUAUUCCACCUGGAGGUUCCAACUAUGUGAGUCCCCGUCCGGCUCAUGCCAACAUGAAUGCCAAUGCAGCAACAGGUCUGGCACCUGAGCAUAUCCCUACUCCGGGUGCAGCCCUCUCGUGGCAGGCUGCUAUCGACGCUGCCAGGCAGGCGAAGUUGAUGGGUGCUGCCGGCAACGCAACCAUAUCCACUGCUAGUUCCACACAGAGGAAACGGCAACAGUAUGGAAAACAGAAAAAACAGGGUACCACGAUCGCUACACGUCCUCCCCGGGCACUGCUGUGUUUAACAUUGAAAAAUCCCAUCCGGAGGGCAUGUAUCAGUAUUGUUGAAUGGAAACCAUUUGAAAUUAUUAUUUUGCUGACUAUUUUUGCCAAUUGUGUGGCCUUAGCUAUCUAUAUCCCCUUUCCAGAAGACGACUCCAAUGCCACCAAUUCCAAUCUGGAACGAGUGGAAUAUCUCUUUCUCAUAAUUUUUACAGUGGAAGCAUUUUUAAAAGUAAUAGCAUAUGGACUUCUCUUUCAUCCCAAUGCUUACCUCCGGAAUGGCUGGAAUUUACUAGAUUUUAUAAUUGUGGUAGUAGGGCUUUUUAGUGCAAUUUUAGAACAAGCAACCAAAGCAGAUGGGGUAAAUUCACUGGGAGGUAAAGGCGCUGGAUUUGAUGUUAAAGCACUUAGAGCGUUCCGUGUACUGCGCCCUUUACGGCUGGUAUCUGGAGUUCCUAGUCUUCAGGUGGUGUUAAAUUCCAUUAUCAAGGCCAUGGUCCCAUUGCUGCACAUUGCCCUGUUGGUGCUGUUUGUCAUAAUUAUCUAUGCCAUCAUUGGGUUGGAGCUCUUCAUGGGAAAGAUGCACAAAACCUGCUACUUAACAGGGAUUGCCACAGAUACACCUGCAGAAGAAGAACCAGCUCCCUGUGCUCCUAUAUCUCAACAUGGACGGCAGUGUCAGAAUGGCACUGAGUGUAGGGCCAUAUGGGAGGGACCCAAACAUGGCAUUACCAACUUUGACAACUUUGCCUUUGCCAUGUUAACUGUGUUUCAAUGCAUCACCAUGGAGGGCUGGACAGAUGUACUCUACUGGGUCAAUGAUGCCAUAGGAAGUGAGUGGCCCUGGAUCUAUUUUGUUACACUAAUCAUCAUAGGCUCAUUUUUUGUACUUAACUUGGUUCUCGGUGUACUUAGCGGGGAGUUUUCUAAAGAGAGAGAAAAAGCAAAAGCUCGAGGUGACUUUCAGAAGCUAAGAGAGAAACAACAACUGGAGGAGGACUUAAAAGGAUAUCUAGACUGGAUCACUCAGGCAGAAGAUAUAGAUCCAGAAAAUGAGGAUGAAGGCAUGGAUGAGGAGAAGCCUCGAAACACUGAUAAGAAGAAAGGAAGGUUUGCUUGGUUUAGUCACUCUACAGAAACUCAUGUGAGCAUGCCCACCAGUGAGACAGAAUCUGUUAACACCGACAAUGUGGCUGGAGGCGAUAUUGAAGGAGAAAACUGUGGCGCACGACUGGCGCACCGGAUUUCUAAAUCUAAGUUUAGCCGCUACUGGCGUAGAUGGAAUCGAUUCUGUAGACGAAAAUGCCGAGCUGCUGUCAAAUCCAAUGUGUUCUAUUGGCUUGUGAUCUUCCUGGUGUUCCUCAACACACUGGCCAUUGCCUCUGAGCAUUACAACCAACCUGAUUGGCUCACUGAAGUCCAAGACACUGCGAAUAAGGUAUUGCUGGCUUUGUUCACGGCUGAGAUGCUGCUGAAGAUGUACAGUCUGGGUCUUCAAGCUUACUUUGUGUCCCUCUUCAACCGCUUUGAUUGUUUCAUCGUGUGUGGUGGAAUUCUGGAAACCAUCUUAGUGGAAACAAAAAUCAUGUCCCCACUUGGCAUCUCCGUGCUGAGAUGUGUACGACUUCUGAGAAUCUUUAAAAUCACAAGGUACUGGAAUUCCUUGAGUAAUUUGGUGGCUUCCUUGCUCAACUCAGUGCGCUCCAUUGCCUCCCUGCUGCUGCUCCUCUUCCUCUUCAUCAUCAUCUUCUCCCUCCUAGGAAUGCAGCUCUUUGGGGGCAAGUUUAACUUUGAUGAGAUGCAGACCAGGAGAAGCACCUUUGACAACUUUCCUCAGUCUUUGCUCACUGUGUUUCAGAUCCUGACUGGGGAGGACUGGAAUUCAGUGAUGUAUGAUGGAAUCAUGGCUUAUGGCGGCCCCUCUUUUCCAGGAAUGUUGGUCUGUAUUUACUUCAUCAUCCUCUUCAUCUGUGGAAACUAUAUCUUGCUGAAUGUCUUCUUGGCCAUUGCUGUUGACAAUCUUGCUGAUGCUGAAAGCCUGACAUCUGCUCAAAAGGAGGAGGAAGAAGAAAAAGAAAGGAAAAAACUAGCAAGGACUGCCAGUCCUGAGAAGAAACAGGAGCCCGAGAAGCCAGCUAUGGAGGGAGAGACAAAGGAGGAAAAAAUUGAGCUGAAAUCAAUUACAGCUGAUGGAGAAUCUCCACCUUCUAAUAAGAGCAACACAGAUGAAUAUCAGCCAAAUGAAAUUGAAGAAAAAAAUCCCUAUCCUACUGCAGAGACACCAGGAGAGGAGGAUGAAGAGGAACCGGAGAUGCCUGUUGGGCCUCGUCCUCGCCCUAUGUCUGAACUGCACCUUAAGGAGAAAGCAGUGCCAAUGCCGGAAGCCAGUGCUUUUUUCGUUUUCAGUCCCAGCAACAAAUUUCGAGUCCACUGCCAUCGCAUCGUUAAUAAUAACAUUUUCACCAACCUGAUCCUCUUUUUCAUCUUGCUCAGCAGCAUCUCUUUGGCAGCUGAGGACCCAGUUCGGCAUUACUCAGUUAGAAAUCAAAUUCUCUUUUAUUUUGAUAUAUUUUUUACUGUCAUUUUCACCAUUGAAAUUGCCCUGAAGAUCCUAGGCAAUGCAGAUUAUGUCUUCACUAGUAUCUUUACAUUAGAAAUUAUUCUUAAGAUGACUGCUUAUGGGGCUUUCCUUCACAAAGGCUCCUUCUGCAGGAACUACUUCAACAUCCUGGACCUGCUAGUGGUUAGCGUUUCUCUCAUCUCCUUCGGGAUCCAGUCCAGCGCAAUCAAUGUAGUAAAGAUAUUACGUGUCUUGAGAGUCCUCAGACCGCUGCGGGCAAUCAACAGAGCAAAGGGUUUAAAGCAUGUGGUUCAAUGCGUAUUUGUAGCUAUACGGACCAUAGGGAAUAUUGUGAUCGUGACCACCUUGUUGCAGUUCAUGUUUGCCUGCAUUGGAGUUCAGUUGUUCAAGGGCAAACUGUACAGCUGCACUGAUAGCUCCAAACAAACAGAAGCAGAAUGCAAGGGCAAUUUUAUCACUUACAAGGAUGGAGUGGUGUCUCAACCAAUAAUUCAGUCCCGAAACUGGGAGAAUAGCAAAUUUGAUUUUGACAAUGUCCUCACCGCUAUGAUGGCCCUUUUCACUGUUUCAACCUUUGAAGGCUGGCCAGAACUGCUGUAUCGAUCUAUCGAUUCCCAUAUGGAAGAUGUGGGGCCCAUCUAUAACCACAGGGUGGAGAUCUCAAUUUUCUUCAUUAUUUAUAUCAUCAUCAUUGCUUUCUUCAUGAUGAACAUCUUUGUUGGUUUCGUCAUUGUCACAUUUCAAGAGCAAGGAGAACAGGAAUAUAAGAACUGUGAGCUUGACAAGAACCAGCGUCAAUGUGUAGAAUAUGCUCUGAAGGCCCGGCCCCUGCGAAGAUAUAUCCCCAAAAACCAGUACCAAUAUAAAGUAUGGUAUGUGGUGAACUCCACCUAUUUUGAAUACCUGAUGUUCAUCCUCAUCUUGCUGAACACCAUCUGCCUGGCCAUGCAGCACUAUGGUCAAAGUAUCCUCUUCAAACAAGCAAUGAACAUCCUCAACAUGCUGUUCACUGGCCUUUUCACCGUUGAGAUGGUUCUGAAGUUAAUUGCCUUCAAACCCAAGGGUUACUUUAGUGAUCCUUGGAAUAUUUUUGACUUCCUCAUCGUAAUUGGCAGCAUUAUAGACGUCAUUCUCAGUGAAACUAAUCACUAUUUCUGUGAUGCAUGGAAUACAUUUGACGCCUUGAUUGUUGUGGGUAGCAUUGUUGAUAUAGCAAUCACCGAGGUGACCAACACAGAGGACAACUCUCGCAUCUCAAUCACCUUUUUCCGACUCUUCCGUGUGAUGCGUCUGGUGAAGCUCUUGAGUCGAGGGGAGGGCAUCCGCACGCUGCUUUGGACCUUCAUCAAGUCUUUCCAGGCUCUCCCCUAUGUGGCUCUAUUAAUAGUGAUGCUGUUUUUUAUCUACGCCGUGAUUGGGAUGCAGGUGUUUGGUAAAAUUGCAUUAAAUGAUACUACAGAUAUCAAUCGGAACAACAACUUUCAAACAUUUCCUCAGGCUGUUCUCCUGCUUUUCAGAUGUGCUACUGGUGAAGCUUGGCAGGAAAUCAUGCUGGCAUGCCUACCUGAUAAGAAGUGUGACAAUGACUCUGUGGAACCAAACAGUAAUACUGAAGGUGAACAUCUCUGCGGGAGCAGCUUUGCUGUAUUUUAUUUCAUCAGUUUCUACAUGCUUUGUGCCUUUCUAAUCAUUAACCUUUUUGUUGCUGUUAUUAUGGAUAAUUUUGAUUACCUAACCCGUGAUUGGUCCAUUCUGGGUCCCCAUCAUCUGGAUGAGUUUAAACGGAUUUGGGCAGAGUAUGAUCCUGAAGCCAAAGGACGUAUCAAACACCUAGAUGUUGUAACACUCCUGCGUCGGAUACAACCUCCCCUGGGUUUUGGAAAGCUCUGUCCUCACAGAGUAGCUUGCAAGCGUCUUGUCUCUAUGAAUAUGCCAUUGAAUAGUGAUGGAACUGUUAUGUUUAAUGCAACUUUAUUUGCAUUGGUAAGAACAGCACUGAGAAUCAAAACAGAAGGUAACUUGGAACAAGCCAAUGAGGAGCUGCGUGCAAUCAUUAAAAAAAUCUGGAAACGCACUAGCAUGAAGCUGUUGGAUCAGGUUGUACCCCCAGCAGGUGAUGAUGAAGUUACAGUUGGAAAAUUCUAUGCCACGUUCCUGAUUCAAGAAUAUUUCCGAAAAUUCAAAAAACGCAAAGAACAGGGUCUCGUGGGCAAACCUUCACAACGUAAUGCUCUUUCUCUACAGGCUGGUCUACGCACAUUACAUGAUAUUGGACCAGAGAUUCGAAGGGCAAUAUCUGGAGACUUGACAGCAGAAGAGGAAUUAGACAAGGCUAUGAAAGAAGCUGUUUCUGCUGCUUCUGAAGAUGAUAUUUUCAGGAGAGCUGGUGGCUUAUUUGGAAAUCAUGUCAGCUAUUACCAAAGUGAUGGCAGAAGCUCAUUCCCUCAGACAUUCACUACUCAGCGCCCUUUGCACAUCAACAAAUCUAGCAACAACCAAGGAGACACUGAAUCCCCAUCCCAUGAGAAGCUUGUCGAUUCCACCUUCACUCCAAGUAGUUACUCCUCAUCAGGUUCCAAUGCUAACAUCAAUAAUGCCAAUAAUACUGCCUUGAACCGCUUUUACAAUCCACCAAGCUAUCCCAACACCGUCAGCACCGUGGACAGCUACAGCACCCCUUCCUCCACCACUGUACGGAUCCAGGAAAUUCCUUGGAAGUUCAGUUGCAGAAGAUCCUAUUCCAGAGACAGCCAAGUAGCAAUUGUUAGUGAAGAGGAAGCUCCUCAGGAGGAUGAAACAUAUAGUGAGCAAUUAAAUGAAGAAUCUGAAUAUUGUAGUGAACCAAAUUUGUUAUCACCUGAAAUGUUAUCGUACCAAGAUGAUGAACACAGACAGCUAACUCUCCCAGAAAGCAAAGAAGACGUCCAGCCAUCUCCAAAGAUUGGAUUUCUACAUUCCUCAUCACUAAAUCGAAGAGCAUCCUUUCAUCUGGAGUGUCUAAAGAGACAGAAAAAUCAGACUGCAGGUGUCCCCCAGAAAACAACAUUACCUUUGCAUCUAUUACAUCGUCAGGCACUAUCAGUUGGAGGUCAGAGUCCUCUUCAAAGUAGUCAUUCAUCAAUUAGAUCUUCUCGACCCUGUUCCACAUCAUCUGCAACACAUUGUACACAAGACUGGCCACAGCAACAUGAUAAAGGGUUGUGGCCUGAUGAGGAGGCCUCCAAUGAGAAACUCAAUAAUAGCUUCCCAUCAAUAUACUGCAGCUCCUCAUAUUGUGAUAGCACCAGCUCUAGCAGCACCCGAAAAGCCAGGCCAGUCUCCCUUAUAGUUCCCAGUCAGACAAGAGAGAGUGGCAGGCAAUUCCACGGUAGUGCCAACAGCCUUGUUGAAGCGGUCUUGAUUUCGGAAGGACUGAUGCAGUUUGCUCAAGAUCCAAAGUUCAUUGAGGUUACCACCCAAGAACUAGCUGAUGCCUGUGACUUGACAAUAGAAGAGAUGGAGAAUGCUGCAGACAACAUUCUCAAUGGUAACAGCAAACCAAGCCCCAAUGGCAACCUCUUGCCUUUUGUUAACUGCAGGGACCCAGGGCAGGACUGUAUGGGUGAAGAAGCAGAAGCAGCCCAAAACCCAGAUUGUAGGAAAAGUCAAGAGGAGUCUAAGGAUACCAGGAUUUAUAUCAGCAGCCUGUAGUUGCUGAAGCUGAAAGUGAUGCUGGUUUUUUAAUUUGUUUCAAUGUUCCUAAUGGGUUUGUUUCAGAAGUGCCUCACUGUUCUCGUGACCAGGAGUAACCAGAACAGCAUUCUUCAUUUAUUUCUGUCGGGAAGAAUUGCAGAGUUGGGUGGUGUAAAAGAGCUUUUCAGGAGUGAAUAUACAACCCCAGCAUGUGUCCGUGAAGGAAGAAUCAGGAGAAGUAAAAGGCAGUGUGUCAGCUUCCUUCUUUUUUCAAUCCCUGCACAAGGAACAACAGCUGCUUCCUGAAUGUGAAGGAAAACCUCAACUUCCUGUGGAUGGCUGUAGCCAAAAGGACACGGUAUCAAGCGGGUGUCUUUCAAUUCUGCUUGUACAAAGAGGAAUCAUUUUGCACAUGUUCUGUAUGAGCCUCACUGUCUCCAUAAGCCAAGACCCUUCUGAUCUACAAGUGAAAUAGACUUCUGCAACAGAUCCCACACAUUGCUGAGAAGGAAGCAGAAGUUGCAAGAUAAGAGAUGCAGGUGGCAAUAUUGCAGAUAUUUCUUGAUGGAAAUGCAGAGACUCCCAGGCAGUCUUCUCUGCCAACCAAUCAGAGCUCAGGCAGUCAUCUCUGCCAAAUUGAGUUCAAGACAGUUAGCUGUGCCAAUGGCUCCAAGAGCAUGAAGCCAGCUCUGUCAAAAGGAGUUCAGGCAACCCGCCCAUUUCUAAGAGAGGUGGUGAUGGGCUUAUGUAGAUCUCUCCUUGUUCUUGCUAUUUAAUAUUUUCUUGAAAGCAUGUUCCAAUUUUUAUUUUUGGAUACUUUAUUUUAUUGUAUUUUAUUUUUUAAGGGAGAGGGAUGGAGUGUUUACAGAGUUUUGUAAUCACCUGCCUUUUUGUUUUUCACCUUCACUAAUGUUUAACAUUGAUUUAUUUUUUUGUUUUUGUUUUCCUCCACUGACAUUUGGUAGAAGCUAAUGAUAUUAGGAGUUUUGCCAAUCAUAAUGUAUACCAGACUUUGUAAUUUUAUUUGAAGUAAUGAAUAUUUCCUUUUUUGUUGUUGUUUUAUAAUUUAAAGAUAGUAGGCAAUGCACUUGAUAUAAUCUUGCACAUAUGAAUGAUUGAUUUGGAUUCUUUAUAGUACUAGGUAUAUUUGCAAUGUGUGAACGAAUGAGCAGGACGGGGUGAAUGAGUGAGCAAGUGAAUACACACUUGAAAGUGUGCAACUUGAUACAGUUCUCCAUUUCCUGGUUAUAACUGAAGGAGAGCUUUAUCUGGGGUGAUUUGAGUGCAAAAAUAAAUCACUGUCUCUGCUUUUGAAAGGGGAAUCAGUAACUCUUUGCAUUUUCUGUUCCACAAGAUAUGCAAAAACAAUGCAAUAAUAUUAAUUUUGAAUAAAAUGUGUGAAUUGUGCUGGCAUUAAAACUGUAUAGAAAAACAAAACAAGGGGAUUAAAAACAAACAAAAACAACCAAGUGAGAAGGAGUUAUAUUUCAAUAUAUUCCGUGUGAUGUUUUAUUGCAUUGAUAAUGUUUCUGUUGAAGAAACCGUAAUACUUGAAUUCAGGUCAGUUUCAGUAUUUUUCAACUAUUUUUUUAAACUGAAUAGCAAUUGUGCCAAGCAAAUAUAAUGAAUUAAGUUUGUUUAAGGGAAAAAAUAACAAUUCUUGUAUAUUUUGCUGCAUGUAAAGUAAAUCAUUUCGUAUUUGGAGUGUGCCAAGCUUUACCUUUGAACUUUAAGUGCUUUUCUACAUGUGGUUGGGGGAAAGGGUAUACUAUUUUUUUUUCAUUUUUUAAUUUGUAUAAUGAACAAAGUGUACCUAGUGCUAAGUAAUUAUCCUGCAACCCACUGACAGGUUGAACAUUAACUGAUUUUGCAUAUCUUGUGUUCAUUUUCCUUAUUCUGCACUUUCUUAAACAUGCAUGAUAAUGAAUUGGGAAGACUAUCUUGCAUUUUGAAGCUAUGGAUUCUUAUCCAGCUUUCUUUUUUUGCAUAGUUUCUCUCAAUGAUUCUCCUAAUUAAAAGAUGAAUAAUUCCAUAUGCUAGGAUAAUCAAAUAUAUCCAAUCCUGUAAACUGAGCUGGCAUCAGCAACUGGGAUGGGAGUAUCUUCUUUAUUAUAUGCUGCAAAUAUUACAAUGAUUAUUGUUAUGACAUCAAAUAAUGAUUGUCAGGAAUUGAAUAAUUGCUAUAAAUUCAGUAGGACAUACUGUACUUUUAACCAAAUUUGUAUGUGUAGAGAAGCUUCACUUGUGUACUUCAGAAGACUAGUUAAAUAUUUUUCAUGGUAAAAUAAAAGGGAAAAAAACACAGAUUAAAGAAAAUAAAUAACAAUUUAACACAUGGCCCAUUCGAAACAGGAAUAAAAUACACAAGAAUAAAAUGAAGAAUAACAUAACAAUAAUAGCAUUGCUAAGAAGUAUUUAGAGAUUAAGUCUGAUAUAAGUCAGAAAUCUCAUAAUGAAUAAGACAAGAAUUUUAUAUUGUAUUAUAUUAAUUGAUUAAAAAACAUAGAAUGUAAUUAUCAUUUUCCAAAACUGAAUUUAACUGAGAAUACUUCAUAAAACUAUAAAGAACAAAUACAGAAAGAUGUGAUAUGGUAACAUACUAAAAAAAGAUAGAAAGAAAUAUUGACCCCUUUCAAAUAUUUAAAAACAGCUUCUGUAGCUUCAGUUCACAUAUUCAUACAUGCAGCAAUGUAGUACAGUACUUGGAAAUGUUUGAGCAUAUCUAUUAUCACCUACCUCCUGAUCAUAAGGAAAGCAUUUUGGCAUAAUACAUCAACCACUUGUUUGAGAAUUAGUAGAAUAAUUUGAGUAGCUUAUUAAUAUUGUAAUUGUAAUUAUAUGCUACUCAGGAUUAAAAUAUAGUUCGCAAUUUAACAUUUGGAAACUCUUCUGCAGGCCCACAUGCUCAAUAUAAUAAUAUACUAUAACACACAGGUCUCAAAAGAGGAGGAGAUACAUGCAUCAUGAUGUAUAUUCACUGAUGUAGAAAACAUAUAUAAUUCACAGGCCAAAGGCAAUUUGAUGUAAAUAUUUCAAAUAAAGUUUCUAAGCAAUUUCCUUCACAGAAGAUAGAUGAGUAGUUUUUGGAGAUGCUACUCAUAGGAAAUAUUAUUUUCAAGAAACAAAUGUCAGCACCUAUCCUACAUGUAGAACCCAACCUGUUAAUAAUCUUUGAUUCUCUUAAUAUAAAAUUCAGAUUUCUUCCAAUCAAAUCAAAUCAGUAAAAUCUACUCUAAAAUCCUGUUUAGAAUACUGUUUAUACACCAUGUAGAGCCCCCUUCAGAAUUAUAAAGUUGAACAUUUAAACUUUUUAUAAUCCUUGGUUAAUGCAGAAAUCCAAAUUAAACUUUCAGAAAAAUGGUUUCUAAUAUUUAUCUACUGGAAUACAUCCAAGAAGAAGCACCAUCUCUCUGGGUAGUUGGUUUCAUCAUCCAACAGCUCUUAACAGUUAGGAUACUCUUACUAAAAUUUAUUUUGAAUCUGUCUUCUUAUAGCCUAAAUCUAUUAUAUCAUCUGUUGCACUCUGGAAUGAGACAACUGAUUUCUGUCUUUUUUUAUGCAGUGUUUUUUCAGGUAUUUGAAGAGUGCUGUUAUAUCCGUAUUAAUUUUUUUUUCCUAAGGCCAUCCAUAGUCCUCCACCAAGCUUUCUCUGAGUCAUCAUGUUCAAGCCAGCUCUGUAUCCAUUCAUAUACCAUCCAGCCUAUACUUCAUUAACUUGCUAAUCAGCAUAUCAUGAAGUACUUUGACAAUUUUUUACUGAAAUCAAAAUAUAUUGUUCUCACUAAUCUGACACAUUUAUUUUACCAUUUGUUUCUAUGUGAUAGUACAUUCAGAAGUGUGAAAGCAUAUCACUUUACUGAGAUUUCUUUUAAACUCCAGUCAUUCAAAAAUAUCCUAUAAUAAAUAAUUUGGGAUACUCAGCAUCAUUGCUUUUUAUCUUCACAGUGCAAAACUAAAUUUCUUCUGCUAUAUUAAAGCCCUAUGUUUAUCAGCAAAUAAAACCCCCACUGAUCCUUUAUUUUUUGAAACAAGCACUAAUUAUUAGUCAGUAUUUGAAAUAGAACAAAGCACAUUGAAAUCAAUGAUUCCAAACAUUCUUUAUUCUGUUCUGCAAUGUAACUAUUCUUUUUUUUAGAUACUUAUGCUCCAUUCUUCAAAGCCAACCCCCCUACUUUUACUAUGAACAUAAUAAAUAGUCAUUAAUUCAACUAUUGAAAGUUUCAAAAGCCCUACAAAAUAUUUUUAAAUAUCUAAAAUAUUUAUAUUGGUAAACAAAUCUUGCUCACUAAAAUAUAAAAUAGUUUACCUGAAAUUAGAAAUUGGCUAUCAGUCAAUAAAUAUAUCUACCGGUACCUAUAAGACAAAGAUACAAAAUCUGCCUGAGAAAUUCCUUCCUUCCCUCCCUUUCUCCCUCCCUCUCUCAUCAGCAUAUUCUAGGAAAUGCCUACAGAACUUCUACAUAUAUUAAAAGCAUAUUAUGCCACUAUUUUUUCCAGUUUUAUUUAUCUAGUCUUCCCCUUGAUAUCAUCACGGGGGGGAGGGGGAAUUCAUAUCAGCAUCUUGAUCACUAGGUUGCAGUGUCUUGGAGUAAACUCAAACUUAAUGAGAAGUACUUCUAAGUACAAUUGUGUUAGUUGUGAUUUUGACCUUAGGUAAAGAAAUUGCACAAGCACAUGAGCCAGAGCAUACAUGUUCUUGUGAGCUAAUUUAAAUUGCUGACUUUGGCCAUAAUAAAGAAUUCCCCAAGCACCCAUUAACUGAGAUAAUUCAUUUAUUUUUCAACCACAAUAGAUGAAACAUCAGAAAGUAAAAGAAGUAAAACUUCACAUUACCUAAAGCUCAAGAUACAUUACAUUGUGUAGAAUAUGAACAAUGUGAACCUCAAGACCAAAUGCUAUAAAUCUACAAUAUGGCUUAUUCCCAUAGUAGCAUACUGCAAGUCCAGAAAAGAUUAAUGUUUCUGUACACAUUUAUUUCAGAUUAUCAUGAACUUUUCCCAAAUUUUCUGGGGCUUCUAAUAUUGCAUUGAUAGCAUAUUAAAAAAAAAACAUAUUGCUCCUCAGAUAUCUCAGAAACAGCUUAAAGUUUUUCACCAGAAUUAGUUACUAAUUAGUUCAUCAGUUGUAUAAGCACUCAAUUGGCAAGAAAUCAUAAUAUAUACACAUACAUAAACAUAUACUAAUACAUAUACACAGUAGUCCUAAAAUGUAUGCUAACCCUCAUCCCCAAUACAAAUAUAUAUUACAAAUUCCGAUGAACAAGGAAUCAGAUUAAAAACAACUAGUUGAAUUAUUUUAUACCAGCUGUGAAAAUAUUUUGAAGGGUUACAAUAUGCAAUUACAAAAUUAUUAUUUGUGAUAACUUUAUCUUUUUACCAAUGUCAAUAUGUUUUCAGAUCAAGCUCAACUACUGGUGACUUGCAUGGAUACAAACAUAUUUUUAUGUGAUAAACAAGUGGUUUGCUAAUACCCUCUUUUUUUUUUUUUUUUUACUUCUCAGUUAUACUUCAUAGAUCAGCCAAGGUCAGCUAGGUGCUGUCAGGAUCUUUUAUUUACAAGACUGAAAUCCACAGGUAGCAUAUUACCAGUGUAACUGGUCAUGUAUGGUGCUAUUUCCUUAUCUCUUGUGGUAUAUAAGCACCUUUGCCCAGGGUUUGCAAAUGCCAAAUUGGUUUGUUAUUUAUUUAAUUGGUAUAAGAAUUAAAUUGUGACAUUGCAUAUUCAGGUAAAACACAGCUGCAGUAAGUGAUGGCAUAAGUAACAGUGCCAGAUCUAUACAAAAAGAAGAAUACAAGAAGCAUGUUCUCUAGAUGACAGUGAAGAAUAAGUCAAUUAUGAAUUGAUCAAAAGGAAUUAUUUCUGUACUUAUCAAAUAGUAUAUGAACUAAUCUAUUUAUAUUGUCAAUUUCUGCAUAUUUGCGAACAUGUUUUGAGACUUUAUAUAUUGAAUGGUUAUUCUAAAAGGCUCUUAUCUGAACUAUUCAUUUGUGUAUAUUCUCUAUGCCUCAUACAAAUAUGCAUAAUAAUUUUUAUGCAAGUUACAGUCAAAAUAAAUGGUAACAUUCCAAAAGCCUAGGGAACAGCAUUAAUACACUCUUUACAUAAGGUACAGUGCUUAUUUUAUGCUUAUGUAAAAGAAAAGAAUUAUGAGUGCUCAAAAGAUCUGAAAAAGGAUAAUAUUUAGGGUAAGUUAUUUUGCCAUGAUUAUGGAUUUGGGAUAUUAGUUACAUCUCCAAUUAAAGAAAAUUCAAUAUUCAGCUUGGUAGCAACACUUGCUUCAUUUCUAAAAACUAUCAAUAUAUAUGAGCACUAAUAUAUUAGUCCUAAUUAGCAUCCUUUCGGAUGUUGUUCAGUAAAAACAAAACUGUAUCCUGUAGUGGUUUAAAUGAGAAAUUGGUGAAUUAAAAGGAAGAGUUUGCUGGUGCCAGCACAUUUUGCUGGUGGAUAGUUGACAAUUCAGCUCACAUGGCUGUAACCUAGAAAGAGAGAAACUUCAAAUGGGUAUGAGCAAAGAGCUACUGCCUCCUUUAAACGGGGCAGAGUUUGGGGUAAAGUCGAAAAAAGAUUUGACUUCAUAACAUGUUCUUUUUUCCCUUUGUGUUGAGCUUAUAUGCUGGAUACAGUCAUUGCACUGCAGCUGGAAGCUUUACAGAACCUAAAGACUGGGCUGUUUCUUAGAAGGGAAAAUGCAAGCAUCACUCUUGAGUUUGUCUACUCGUGCAACAACUAAAGACAUUGAUUGCAAAUACCAAGAUUUCCAUCUUCCCCAGCCAGCUUGGUAUUUCCACCAGAUCAAUUAUUUUGGAUGUAUUUUUUCUUCCUUCUGCUGUAUGAUUUAAAAGAUGGGAGGGAACAGGGAUUAAUGAUCCAGAGCAGGAGUUCCCUUAGCCCCAGAAUUUCUCUGCAUCGUCUACCUCUUCCAGUGAACACACAUGAUGAAGAAGUUUAUGAUUAUGAUGAUGCAGAUACUGCUGCUACUGCAAGGGAUCCAAUCUGCUUUAUUAACCAAACUCCCACUGUCUGAGGAAGCAGCCAAAGGAGCACUAUGUACAGGAUUGCAUCUAUUCUGCUUUGUUUUCUACCCCGGCCCCAUAUCACUGAUGACUAUGAAGACAACAACAACAAAAAAGGGCAAAUGCAUUUUUUUUACAUUUCUUGAUAAUUUUCAAAGCAAUGUAUCAUUGCUUUAUUUAAAUUGAUGCCAAUAUAACAAUUGUAUGGGUCUCA